UGACUGUUUCUAAGUGAAUAAGCAACAACACCACUAACAACAACAAAUUUAAAGGGAAAUGAUUGGAUAAAAAUAAAUGAACCAAUCAGAUUCAUUUCAACUAAAUAAAUGACAAUCAUCAGAAAUUCUUCACGAUCACAUCAUUGUUGAAGUAAAAUAAAAAUUUUUUUUUAAAAAAAACGAAACAAAAUAGUUUUCAUUAAAAGUUGGUUAUCAAUUUUUUUUCUCACUAUUAAAUUUUUCCAUAUCCAUUGAAUAAUGAAUUUUAAUUACAUAGAAUAUCCUGUCUAAUAUGAUUUGUAUAGUUUUAAUUGUAUUGUAAUAUACGUUAUGUUAAAUAUUUGGUUCUUUGAAUGGAAUUGGUAUAUAUAAUUCAUCAACAAUUACAAUUUAUAUUAAUUAUAUGUUUUAUAACAUUGAAUGAUACACGGAUUAUACGAUUUCAUAUUCAUGAAGAAUUAAAAAUUAAUACCUUUAUUGGAAAUUUAUUAAAUCAUGUAAAUGGUAGUUUAAAUAAUUUACGUUUUGUUAAACUAUCUAAUCAUGAUGAUUCUUCUAAAUUAUUUCAUGUUGAUGAAUAUACUGGUGAUAUAAGUAAUCUAUAUAGAUUAGAUAGAGAAAAAUUAUGUUUUAUAAAUAAUCAAUUAAAUAAAGAACAAAAAUUCUAUGAACAAUCAAUGAAACAAUCAAUAAUCAAUUAUCCAAUAUUAACUAAAUGUGAAUUAUAUUUUAGUGUGAAUUGUUUAAAUACAACACCAUUAUUAAAUAUAUCAAAUCAUAUAAAAUAUAAACCGCCUGUUAGUAAUAAAUUAAUAACUAUAUUUGAUGUUAUUAUUGAAUUGAAAGAUAUCAAUGAUAAUGGUUGUCAAUUUAUUCCAUCCAAUCAACAAAUGAUUAAAAUUCGUGAAGAUUCAUUAAUUAAUGAUACACGUUUUACAUUGAAUAUACCAUAUGAUCCAGAUGAUAUGUUCAGUGGGAAUUCUGUGAAACCAGAUCGUAUUUGGAUCAAGAAUGAUUCGAAUAUAAUAAAUAAUAAACAAAAUAUAUUAAAUUACUUUAAAUUACAUAGUCUUUCAUUAUCGAACAAUGUUACAAUAUCUAAUAUAUAUUUAGAAUUAGAAUUAAUUCAAAAGUUAGAUUAUGAAAAACAACGAAGUUAUUCCUUUCAAAUUGUAGCCGAUGAUGGUCACUUAUCAGGUGAUCAUCAAUGUUAUCUGAAUGUAACCAUACUUGUAGAAGAUUGUAAUGAUCAUAUGCCAAUAUUUGAACAAUCUAUGUAUAUUGUAAAUGUAAGUGAAGAUACAUCAAUAGAUCAAAUAAUUUUAAAAUUGAAAGCCAUUGAUGAGGAUGAACAUGAAAAUGGUAGGAUUAUUUAUAGUUUCAGUUCAUACACAGAUGAUAUAGAUGAGGAGAAAUUUUUCUAUAUUGAUUCGGAUACCGGUGAAAUUAGAUUACGUAAUCGUCUAGAUUAUCGACAAAAACCGCAACAUAUUUUAAAAGUAUUUGCCAAAAAUCCUGAUAAUACUACAUUAGGACAUUUAAAAUCUUCUCAGAUUAUUUCAGAAUUAUCGGUAACACAGAUUAUUGUAAAUGUAAUAGAUGUAAAUGAUCAUUUUCCUCGUGUUCGAGUCCUAUCUCCUACUGGUUCAAAAGAUUUGGAAAUAAUCGAAGAAUCACCACCUGGGCAAGAUAUAGGAAUUGUGGAAGUUUCAGAUGGAGAUACAGGAACUAAUGCUUUUGUUAAUUGUAAAAUAAUUAAUCAAACUAUGUCAGAUGUGCUGCGUCUAAUUCCUAUCAACAUUGAAGGUGUUCACCUAGGUUUGACAAGCUCCAAUCAUAAAUAUAAAAUAACAAUGGAAAAGCGAAUAGACAGAGAAGAAAAUGAUGUCAUAGAUUUUACUAUUUUAUGUCAUGAUGGUGGAAUUCCUUCGCUAACAACCACCCUUACACAACGUAUAAAAAUUAUUGAUAUCAAUGAUCAUGAUCCAAUUUGUGAACAGAAUGUUUACAAUGUUGAAAUUAUUGAAGAUUCCGAUCCAGAAAGAAGUAAAUCAAACUUUGAAAUUAUAACUAUUCAUGCCACUGAUAAAGAUGAAGGUCAAAAUGCUAAAUUACGUUUUAGUCUUGAUCAUGAAACUCCAACUUUUCUAUUAAAUAUUAUCACAAUUGAUUCAAAUUCAGGUACAGUAAGUACUUUAGGAAAUUUAGAUCGUGAAAAAUUAAAUGAAUUCACCGUAACUAUUAUCUGUUCCGAUUAUGGUGAACCAAUAAGAACUAUUAAGAUUUUAAUUCAUGUAAAAGUUUUAGAUUAUAAUGAUAAUUCACCUGUUUAUUCUCAACCUUAUUUACAAUUUAAUAUUAAAGAAAAUAAUGCAAUUGGACAAUUAAUUGGUACAUUUUAUGUUACAGAUAAAGAUUUAGGUAAAAAUGCUGAAUUAGAUAUUUAUAUUGAAGAGAAUCUUGAACGACCUAAUAUGUAUUUAACAUCACUAAGUAAUAAUUUGAAUAUACUUAAUGAUAUUGAACAAUUAAGAUUUAAUUCAAGAGGUCUUUUACUUUCAUCUGGUCUACGACAAAGGAAAUACAUUGAAUUCAUAUCAAAAUUUAGAUUGAAUUCAUAUCUAUUACAUAGAAAUUAUUAUAAUGCCUUGACAACAAAUGAAACAUCAUAUGAAGUUAAAUUAUAUAUAGAAUCUGUAAUAGAUCGUGAAAAUCUUAUUAUAAAAAGUACUAAUUAUAUAUCUAAAGCUUUAUCCACUUAUGAAACAUUUGAAUAUGUCAAUCAUAAUUAUGAAAGAUUAUCACAAUUAACUAAUAAAACAAAUUAUUCUAUGUUAACACCAAUGAUUAUAUUGAUUGUACAUGCACAAGAUAAAGGGAUACCGAAAUUAUCUGAAACUAUUCAAAUACGUAUACAAAUCUUAGAUCAAAAUGAUAAUUCACCACGUUUUAUUUUUCCAAAUUCAACAAAUUUAAAUAGAACUAAAAUUUUUUUAUCUUAUAAAGAACCAAAAGGAUAUGCAUUUACACAAAUACAAGCUGUCGAUGAUGAUGCUGGUGAAAAUGGUACAGUCAUAUAUUUUAUACAUUCUGGUAACGAUGACAAUUAUUUUAUAUUAGAUCAAAAUACUGGAACACUUAGUAUCAAUAAAAAAAUUCCAUAUACUGCAAUAGGUGAACAUAUUCUAAAGAUAGAAGCAAGAGAUUGUGGACAACCAUAUCAUUUUACUAUAACGGAUUUCAUUAUAGAAAUUGAUGAUUCCACUUCAAAAGCCUAUUUAUCUAUGAAUUAUUAUCAUUUAAAUAAUGCUGAUGAAUUUAGUAGUUAUGGAUCAAGUGGAUAUAAAUUAAAUUUUUAUAUUGUUAUAGCAAUUAUAACAUCCGCUUGUAUUAUAUCAACUAUUCUGAUAUGUUCAGUAUUUAUUAUUCUACGUCGUUCUAAAAGAAAUAAUGUAUUACAUGAUAGAAGUAAUAAAAUAGACAAUAAUACAAGUAAUCGUUGUACAACAAAUAUAACAUAUUCACCUUCAAACUGGUCAAAAAUGGAUCAAUCACAGAAUUAUGAUUUUUCUAGACCUUCUAAUAGUUAUCGAGUAAUUCAUUCAAUACCUGACUGCUUAUCACAAUUUCCUAAUAUUGAGGGUCAAACAAGUUUGGAAUUAACAAAUUAUCCAAAUGGUAAACUAAUAUCAUCUCCUCAUCAAGAUUCAAUGUUUAAUAAAUGUUCCAAUAGGAAUAUAUCAACAGAAUACUGGGAUUAUAAUAAUGAUAAUAAUAAUAAUAAUCAGAUGGAUAUAAAUACAAAUAAUAUGAACAGACAUAAUGAUCUAAUGGAUAAUCAAAAGAUUGAAAUAUAUAUCCCUUCAUGUCAAUACAUGAAAAUGAUGGAUUUAACCGAUGAGACCGAUUUAAAAUAUUCAUAUGAUGCACAUUUAAACUAUUUUGAUGAAACACAACAAAAAUUUAGUUUAAAAGCUUAUCAGAAUGAUGGAAUUAUUCAAUAA